ACUUUUGACUGAGAAUUGUACAACUUGAAUGUAAAGAAAAUUACAUUGCUAUAAUUUUGUUAUUCUUUUUUACUAAAAUUGAAAACAAAUUUUGCGUGUCAAGAUAGAACAAUCGUCAUUCUUUUGGUAUCUAUGACGCCAAUCUCCAGAAAUCUCCAGAUUGCGUUCCAGCGCCUCCAGUGAAACCUCUGGUAGAGCCUCCAGUCAAGAAUUUCUUCUGGAGGCGCUGGAACAGGCCCUAUAUCCCAAACGUCACGUGUAAAUUUAACGAACCUUGAUCAAAUCGCCCCAGGCGCCCUGUUUUCACCGUCGUCCGGCAAUUGAAUGAAUGAUUACGAAUAAUAAAUCGGAUAAAUCGAAUACAAAUUGGUAGAAGUGCAUAAAUAUUAGAGAAAUAGAAGAGAGAACAUCGACCUUAUUGUAUUCAAACUGCAAGAAACAUGAUUCGAUUCAUCCUAAUCCAGAACCGGGCUGGCAAGACACGCUUGGCCAAAUGGUACAUGAACUUUGACGAUGACGAGAAGCAAAAGCUUAUUGAAGAGGUCCACGCCGUGGUGACUGUUCGUGAUGCCAAACAUACAAACUUCGUCGAGUUCCGAAACUUCAAGAUCGUCUAUCGGCGCUAUGCCGGCCUCUACUUCUGCAUCUGCGUGGACAUCAACGACAACAACCUCUGCUACUUGGAAGCCAUCCACAACUUCGUGGAGGUGCUCAACGAAUACUUCCACAAUGUGUGCGAGCUCGAUCUGGUCUUCAACUUCUACAAAGUUUACACUGUGGUAGACGAAAUGUUCUUGGCAGGAGAGAUUCGAGAGACCAGUCAGAACAAGGUGCUGCGACAGUUGCUGAUGCUGAACUCCCUGGAAUGAUCCCUGGGAUGCGGACUCUUGAGACCGAAAUAUGCGAGAGUGCAGGCGCCGACAAGGUUCCACAGUCGUUGUACUCGGGCUAGCGAACUGUGUGGUAUCCAUUCUGUUACUUUUGUUAUCGGGCCCGUGGAAACGCUGCAUGACGACCCUGAGGGGCGUAGGGUCCACUGCUUACGACGCUGCCAGGACGCGGCCUACUUAAGUCACGUAUAUCUCAAUGUAUUAGCCGGUCGGUGGUGUGUAGGUUGUCCGAAACGCAUGGAUUGACUGUUUUUCGUUGUAAACAGAGUAUAGACAUUGUGUCAGAUAGCCUGAAAGCACCAAGUGGUGGUCCUGGACGGAUGGAUGUAAGGGCCCCGCUCAUGCGGCGUUUGUUUUUUCGAAGAGGUGGCUUGCUUUCUUCAUCAUUCCCUGGAUAUUGCGCGAACGUUGAAUCAUGUAACUCGUGAACCUGUUCGCGAUAAUUGGACGUUAUAGGCCCGACGGUCGUUUGUUUACAUAUUAUUGUACCACAGUUUGUCGUUUAUUAUUAAAAGCAGACUCCAUGUGAUGAA